AUGGCUUCGGGCAGAUCAGGAGCGCAACCAAAUGGCACCGGAGAUGCGGCGGACCUCGAAAAGGCAUUCCAAGAGCUCGCCAAAGGAGAACGAACCGCGACCGCGCUGGAGAAUCAGCUCAGUAAGAUGGAAGCCAGGAUCCAGGCGCUGCUCGACCAAGCAGAGAGCCAACAGAGAGAGUUCACACAGUUGAAGGGCGAUAAAGCAAGCUCAAAUGGUGAAGAGCAGAGCGGCCAUCAGGACGACGAGAGCGAUGGAAAGAAGAGCUGA